UACAAUGACUAGUUAAUCCAAUACAAAAGAAAAACAUCAAAGUGUCUUUAGGUCCUGUAUGACGAGGUGAAAACUGAUGACAGGUAUCAACUCCCAGUCAGCAUCACAGGAAAAAAAAAAGGUUAUUCAUUGUAGAUACACAUAGCCUAUAAAAACCCCAAAACAAUACAAGCACUGCUUUAGUAACCUGAAUAUUGGGACUAUGACACUGACCUGAGACUGAGGACUGUAAUUUAUAGAACUCUAACUUAACUCUUAGAAAGAUUACAGAGCAACUGGGGUGUAAUUGGAAAACAAUCAAGAUGAAGAGAGAAGAAUGGAUCCUGUUCAUAAUAAGUGUCAUUCUUCAAAUUCCAUUAAAAACUGCUGGUGUCACAUGUGGAAUAUCAACAAUGGUUCCUUUAGAAAGCACCCUUGGAAACUCAACUAGUCUUAGUGAAUCAUCAGAAAAUGCAGUUGUUACAUCUUCAACAUCACCAAGUUGUUCUGCUGGAACAGAUGUGGAAAGAACACUGGGAAACUCAACUAGUCUUACUGAAACAACAGAAAAUGCAGGUGUUACAUCUUCAACAUCACCAAGUUCUUCUGCUGGAACAGAUGCAGGAACAACACUGGGGAGCUUAACUAGUCUUAGUGAAACAUCAGAAAAUGCAGUUGUUACAUCUUCAACAUCACCAAGUUUUUCUUCUGGAACAGAAGUGGAAAGAACACUGGGAAACUCAACUAGUCUUACUGAAACAUCAGAAAAUGCAGGUGUUUCAUCUUCAACAUCACCAAGUUAUUCUGCUGGAACAGAUGCAGGAACAACACUGGGGAGCUCAACUAGUCUUAGUGAAACAACCACACUGCAGACAUCAACAGCUGUUACAUCAGAACCAGCAUCUAGCUCUCCUUCAGAAUCAACUCCAGCUAUCACACUGCAAACAUCAACAGGUGUUACAUCAGAACCACCAUCUAGUUCUCCUUCAGUACCAACUACAACUAUCACACUGCAGACAUCAACAGGUGUUACAUCAGAACCACCAUCUAGUUCUACUUCAGUAUCAACUACAGGUACCAUACUGCAGACAUCAACAGGUGUCACAUCAGAACCACCAUCUAAUUCUACUUCAGGAUCAACUAUGGCUACCACACUAGAAAAAUCAACAGAUUCCUCUACAACCGUAGGCCAAGUUCUUACACUGGAAAUUAGCUUCAUCACUGCAGAGCCAUUCAGUAAUGACUUAUUAAACACAACUUCACCUGCUUACACUGAACGUGCAAAACGUAUCACAGAUGAGUUUGAGCCAGUUUUUAAGAACAAAUACAUGAACUUCAUUAAUCUGAGAGUGAUUGGUUUCAGACCUGGGUCAAUCAUCUCAGACAUCAGUGUAACACUGAAUGGAAGUCUACCUGAUAUUUCUUCAAUCAAUGAGACUAUGCUCAGUGCAAAUACGAGCUUUGAAAUUACAAGCCUCAGUGUAAAUGAAGUUUCAUAUAAACCACCAACAACAACUAUAACACAGACUUCAACAACUGCAGCUACAACAGAAAUGACAACAGAAGUUCCAGCAAGCACAGAUAGUACCACAGUUGCUACUUUGGAAACAGCAACAAGUACUGCUACCCUGUUGACUACAGAGAGUACACUGCAAACGUCAACAGAUGUCACAUCUGAAACAGGAUCAACCACAGCUAUCACACUGCAGACAUCAACAGCUGUUACAUCAGAACCACCAUCUAGUUCUGCGUCAGUAUCAACUACAGCUACCACACUGCAGACAUCAACAGCUGGUACAUCAGAACCACCAUCAACUUCUCCUUCAGGAUCAACCACAGCCAUCACACUGGAAACAUCAACAGCAGUUACAUCAGAACCACCAUCAACUUCUCCGUCAGUACCAGCUACAACUACCACACUGCAGACAUCAACAGCUGUUACAUCAGAGCCACCAUUAACUUCUCCUUCAGUACUAUGUAAAUUCCGACCCUGCUGCUGGGGCUAA